CAACGGUCUGACGUUAUCCCCUUUGAAAUGGCGUUGAUGCAGAUAAAUACGCUGUUGUUUUUAGUUAUUGUGGUUGUUUAGAAUCGCUUCAGAUUUUAAUUUUCUGCUCUAUUGUUAACAUCUGGUCCUGGCCUUUAUAUUUUAGUAUUACUGAGUUGAUAAACAAAAAUGUGGCUUGGCAAAUUGUCAAUAAUUGACGUUGCAUAAUAAGGCCGCAUCUUCCCCCGAGCUUGCGUAGGGAUUACAACCGAUUUUCAAUGCUUGGCCCAGCUGCAGAGCUACAGUUCGGUUUCCAGGUGAAUCCCAGCGGACAUGUCCGUCAUUAACGGGAAUCUGGAAGUGAAGUGACAUUACCAAGAGUUUAGUUGUAACGUUAAUUGCGUGUGAUUAAUUACGUGGUAAAUUAAGCCUUUAGCUGGUCAAAUAUUCUCGACUUUUUUUUUUUUUUUCCUUCAACGCAAGUUUCAUCAACAUUUUACACUCAAGCACUCAAUAUGGCAUCAGUGCCAGUAUACUGUUUGUGUCGCCUGCCCUAUGAUGUGACACGCUUCAUGAUCGAAUGUGACAUUUGUCAAGACUGGUUUCAUGGAAGCUGUGUUGGAGUAGAGGAGGAUAAAGCAGCAGAAAUUGACCUGUAUCACUGCCCUAACUGUCAGGUCACCCAUGGGCCAUCUGUCAUGCGCAAACGUCGUGGAGGCAAUAAGCAGACAGAGGGAAACGCAGCUGUAGGAAGAGAUCCAAGUCGACCUGUUAAGACUGGGAGUCCACAGUUUGUUAGGGAGCUACGGAGCCGUACCUUCCCGAAUGCAGAUGAAGUCUUGCUAAAGCCUUCAGGAGCACAGCUGACCGUUGAGUUUCUGGAAGAGCACUCAUUCAGUGUUCCAGUCAUGGUGUUGAGGCGGGAUGGCUUAGGCAUGACCCUUCCUCCAUCAUCAUUCAACGUUAGUGAUGUAGAGCACUACAUCGGUUCAGACAAAGAGAUUGAUGUGAUUGAUGUGCCUCGGCAAUGUGAUCUGAAGAUGCGAUUGGGGGACUUUGUUGAAUACUACAACAGCCCUAACAGAGACAAAGUGCUCAAUGUGAUCAGCCUUGAGUUCUCUGAUACCAGACUCUCAAACUUGGUGGAAACUCCAAAGAUUGUAAGGAAACUGUCAUGGGUGGAGAAUCUGUGGCCUGAAGAGUCUGUUUUUGAGCGUCCCAAUGUGCAGAAAUACUGUCUGAUGGGAGUGAAAGAUAGCUACACAGACUUUCAUAUCGACUUUGGAGGCACAUCAGUAUGGUACCAUGUCCUGAGGGGCGAGAAAAUCUUCUACCUGAUUUCUCCCACCCCAGCCAACCUGGCACUUUUUGAGCGAUGGAGUUCCUCAUCUAACCAGAAUGAAAUGUUCUUUGGAGACCAGGUUGAUAUGUGUUACAAGUGUUCUGUUAAACAAGGAAACACCCUGUUCAUACCAACAGGGUGGAUUCAUGCUGUGCUGACUCCAGUGGAUUGUUUGGCCUUUGGAGGAAACUUCUUGCACAGCCUCAAUAUUGACAUGCAACUGCGGGCAUAUGAAAUAGAGAAGAGAUUAAGUACAGCUGACUUGUUUAGAUUUCCCAACUUUGAGAGUGUAUGCUGGUAUGCUGGGAAGCAUCUUCUUGACACGUUCAGAGGUUUGAGAGAAAAUCGCAGACACCCUGCCAGUUAUCUUGUUCAUGGAGCUAAAGCCCUGAACAAUGCUUUCCGCAGCUGGACACGUAAAGAGGCCUUAGCAGAGCAUGAAGUGGAGAUUCCAGAGACCAUCAACACUCAAACCCUGGUGAAGGAUCUGGCCAAAGAGAUUCGUCUCGUUGAGGAUAUAUUUCAGCAGAGCAUUGGUCGCACUGGACCUCAGUUUCCUGGUGCACCACUCUCUAAAACUCCACUGAGCUCUUCUCAGAACUCUGGACGCCCCCCUGGAAAAAAGAAAGCACUCAAGCCCAAGGAGGUGUUGGGUAGCCUUGGGACCACAGGAAACAAAAAGAAGAGUCAGAAGGGUGUUCUUAAGGCAGAAGCAGCUGAACUUGACCUCAUUGAGAUCCAUACCAAACAUACACUCAAGAAAUUUCAACCCAGCAAGUCCAAACAAAAGAGCAAAUUGGAGCUGCCAUUAGAGGAUUUUGAAGGGAAACUUAACAAAAGCAAACUGAAACUUGUCCUGACCAAUGGAAAAAUCCAAGGUAAGAAAAACAGUAGCAGUAAUGGUGCAGGAAGUGCUGGAAACUACAAACAUCUUGCCACAGAGGGAUCCAGUCUUUCUGACCUGGAAUCUGAAGAUGAGUUGCAAAUUGACGAGACCCCCCCUCCACGACGCAAGGCUGCUGGACCUAGCAAGAAAAAGAAACUAAGUGGUCUUCCAAGGAAGCUCCCAAGAGCUAAACCCUGUUCUGACCCUAAUCGCAUCAGAGAGCCAGGAGAGGUAGACUUUGACAUUGAGGAGGACUACACCACUGAUGAAGAGGCACUGGCUGCACAUGGAGUGAAGGGUGGUGCAGGGGGCAUCCUUGAUUUAUUAAAAGCCAGCAAGCAAGUGGCAGGCUUAGACUCUGCAGCGCUCAGUGAGGAAGCCCCAGCCUCCCCCAGCACUCGGGAUGCCAUCCAGGGAAUGCUCUCUAUGGCCAACCCCCCUUCCUCCUCCUCCUCUUCCUCUUCUUCAUCUCCUUUAUCCAUCUCUGGAGGCUUGACAGAGGGAUUAGGAGUUGUCAAGGAAAAAGGUGGCAGGGCUGUGUGGGUGACUGGAGGGGUCAAGAAGCCGGCAAAUCCCGAGAAGAAACCCGUUAUCCAGCGGCCUGGAAAAAGGCCAAUAAAAAGGCCAGCCCGUCAUCUGAGUGAUGAAGAGAGUCCAGAUGAGCAAGAGACACUAGGAACCUGUUUUAAGGACUCAGAUUAUGUUUACCCUUCUUUGGAGUCUGAUGAGGAGGACCAUACCAACAAAACUAAGAUGAAACGAAAGAAAAACUGGGAUGACACACCAUGGAGCCCAAAAGCUAGGGUGAUGCCCACUCUACCUAAACAAGAUCGACCAGCCAGGGAAGGGGCUAGAGUUGCCUCCGUAGAAACUGGCUUGGCAGCAGCUGCUGCCAAGUUGGCACAACAAGAGCAGCAAAAGCCAGCAAAAAGGAAAUACAUCAAAAAGCAGCGUCCUCCUGCCCCUGUUGUCACUCCUCCCCCUGUUCAGACUGAACCCGCCCCACUCUCCCCAACACCUGCUCCAGAGUCUGCAGCAGAUGUCAGCCCAGAGAGGAGGAUGGAUUAUUACUCUGCCAGUCUGUUGGACCAUGAAUAUACAGCGGGACCAGGACCUUUUGGCCCUGGAGGCCCCAGGGGGGGUGGAGCCAUGGCUCCUGGUGUAUUCCUUACUUCUCGAAGACCUUCCCUGUCACCUCAGAAUAGCAGCUCUCACUGUGCAUCCCCUGCAGGUUCAGCCACACAGGGGACAACAGCAGCUGGUCAAGGCAAACGCCCCAAGAAAGGACUUGCAACUGCAAAACAGAGACUUGGAAAAAUUCUGAAAAUUCACCGCAAUGGCAAACUUCUCUUGUAAGAGGUGUUUGAAAUGUGGCCGAAGAAAUGGAAAUAUUGAAGACAAGGCCUAUGUGAAGUAGGUCUGAAGGAAAUGGAUAUAGUUAUAUAUUUUCUACUUUGGAUAAAUUUGUUUACUUUUUUCACUUGUUAUAAAACCACCUCAUGUCUUGUCCUUUACAAUUUACUCAGCUUGUUUCUUUGUAAUCUACAUUUGCAUAAAGUUAUUUUCAGAUGCACAUCUGUGACUUAAAGCAGAUCGCUGUGUGUGCUGGAAGGGCCUUUUAAAGUGGUAAAUGAUUUCUGAAUUUGACAUUGACAAUAGGAAAUUGUGCAAAAAAGAAAAACUAAACCAUAAUUUGGUAUGAAUUGACUAACUCAAAUGGUUUCUUUUGUUAGGAUUAUAUUUUAAAAUUUUAUUCAUGCACAUUGUACUGUUUAUUCAUUUUUAAAAGGGAAAAAUACACUUUCAAGUCAGGUAAAUUUUAAUGAUUGUAUAGUCUAUAAUACUACACAACUAUGUGCAAACAUUUAAAUACAGAUGGUAUUUCUAGUAUUUUACUUGGCUUCCAUUAAACUUUAGUUAGCUUCAUAAACCAUACAAAUAUUAGAUGGCUGGCUUUGUUAAAAGACACCAAUCUUUAAAACAAUUAAAAAAUCCACUGUAUGCACCCUGACUACUACAUCAUCUAGUUUCAAGGCAAGUUAUCAUGUGAUUUUAUUUGUUGUUUUACAUAUUUAUUUUACAGGGCAGAAUUUUUCAAUUUUUGUAGCCUGUUUUAACAAAAGCAUGUUUUGGUCUUCUCAUCUUCAAUGUCUAUACUUUAGUUAUUUUCAGCCACUUAAAAUCUGAACAAAGCAUUAGUCAUUGUUAGAUUGUUUUCCUUUUCUGUGUUUGUUGUUACUGUAAAUAUUUGUAAUAUUGGUAAUUUUAUAAAGCUACAUUGGAAAAGCAUACAAAAAAAAAGAUGAGCAUAGUUUCCUGCUAGUUUUGAGCCCCAAAUGUUAGCAGGGUUCUUAGGUCAGAUGUAGAGAUGUGCUUUAUAACAGAAUGUACUAGUCUUAAUACAAUGGAGAAAACUUAGCUGUAAAUGAAUGAAAACAUUGUGAUGUUGCAGGAUAUUAAGUGAUAUGUAAAUAUAUGUUUUAAUUUAAGUUCUUUUAUAGUUAAAACAAAUUUUGAAUCUUUCGUAACAUAACUUGUACAUGAUACAUUGCUGUACUUGAUAAACAUGAUAGCUCUUUUUUAUAUUUGUAUGCAGUAAAUGUCAUGCUGAUUUCAUUGUAUUGUUAGUGUAAUAUUGUUUGUGUGCUGGAAAAAGUUGCCCUUGAUAAAUUUCAUCCGUUUAGUCCUAUGUUCAUGUUUAUAUUUUUAUCUUUGUUGGUAUGUAAGUGUGUGUCUUUAACAUGUGUUUCAGUAUCACCUGGAAAAGAUAAAAUUUACCUUGGGCAAAAUUUCCUUUUUCAUGGAAUUUAUUUGAGAUCCCGAAGUGAGAUUUUGUGGAAAAAUUAAUUGUUUUGUGUGCACUAUGCUUCUUUUCAAAACUUUUUACAGCAAUUUUAGUUUAAAAAAUGGGAUUUAGGUUUUCCCUUUUUUUACAUACACAAAUAUAGUGUUGUAUAAAACACAUUUAUAGAAUUCUUCUCAUUGAAGUACAGUUUAUAUAUACCUUUACGGAUAAGUGUUAACUUCUGAUACUCAGGUUUUGUUUUUGUUUUUAUCACAAAUUACUGUAAUAUUUUCAUAUAAAAAUAUUCCAUUGCUCAAUUUGAGCUACAACUCACUCCGUUCAAAUAAGUGGUGGACAGAUUUGUUAUUAAAAUGUUCCGUCCUAAUUGUUUUGAGUUUGAAUACACUUUCAUAUUAAACUAUAUUUUUCAGAAAUCCUCGAGAA